AUGGCCAGAAGACCGGCAACUUGGACAUUUUCCGGCAUUGUUGUCGCCGUUCUGUUGCAGGGAGUGGUUGUUCUGUGUAAGGCUCCGGCGACUCUUAAACUGGAAAGAGCUUUUCCGCACAAUCAACGGAUGGAAUUGAGCAAACUUAGAGAUAGAGAUAAUCUAAGGCACAGUAGAUUCUUGAAGCAGCAAUUAUCGUCUUCUACAAAAGAUGUUAUUGACUUCCCACUUCAGGGCACUUUUGAUCCUUAUCGUGUUGGGCUUUAUUAUACAAAAGUGCAAUUGGGUUCACCUCCAAAGGAAUACUAUGUACAAGUGGACACGGGAAGUGAUGUGUUGUGGGUCAGUUGUAAAGACUGUAAAGGUUGCCCUACAUCUAGUGGACUCAAAGUUCCAAUUGAGUUUUAUGAUCAUGAAAGCUCGAAAACAUCUUCUUUGGUCAAAUGUUCAGAUGAUAUGUGUCUUGUAGGAAUGAAAUUUGGUGAUGCAGAUUGUUCACAUACAAGCACUCGUUGUAUUUACAAAUUUAAAUAUGGAGAUGGAAGUGCAACAUCGGGUUAUUAUGCGUCUGAUUUAAUUCAUUUAGAAAUGAUGUCAGAUGAGUCAAACCCUUCAUCAAAUGCUUCAUCCAAAGUGAUAUUCGGUUGUAGCACAUCUCAAUCUGGGGAGUUAUCCGAACCCGAGAGAGCGGUCAACGGGAUCUUUGGUUUUGGUCAACAGGGUUUAUCCGUAAUUUCACAACUUGCUUCAAAAGGGGCAGCUCCAGAUGCAUUCUCUCAUUGCCUUAAUGGUGGUGGUGAUGGUGGUGGCAUUCUAGUUCUUGGUCAAAUAAUGAAUCCAAAAAUGGUCUAUUCACCACUCAUUCCAUCACAGCCACAUUAUAAUCUACAUAUGACUAGUAUUUCAGUCAAUGACAAAACAUUGCCAAUUGAUCCAUCAGCUUUUGAAAUAUCAAAACACCGAAAAGGAACCAUAAUUGAUUCUGGAACAACACUUGGAUACCUAACAGAAGAGGCCUACAAUCCUUUUGUGGAUGCUAUUACAAAGUUUGUUCCUCAAUCUGUAAAAGCUUUUGAUGCAAAGGGAUACCAGUGUUAUCUAACUAACGAUAGUGUCUCUGAGAUCUUUCCGACUGUGAGCUUAAAUUUUGAGGGUGAUGCUUCCAUGAAUUUAAAACCAGAUAAUUACCUUUUGGAACAAAACACUGUGGAUGGUGGAUUGGCAUGGUGUAUAGGGUUUCAGAAGGUUAAGGGUCAAGGACUUACGAUUUUAGGAGACAUUGUUUUGAAAGACAAGGCUAUUGUUUAUGACUUGGGCGCUCAACGAAUUGGAUGGGUAGACCACGAUUGUAGAACACCUGUUAACGUGUCUGCUACAUCAAGUGGUCGCAGAAGAAUCUCAAGUAGCAGCAGUUCACUGCAGCACAAACCUUAUCAACUGACCCUCAUCAUGAUUCUUGCUUACAUGCUACAUUUAUUGGUAUUUGAUUGUUUCUCAUCGUAA